AUGACACCCCCCAGGGAUCAGCAGGCGGACCAGGAGGCGCCGGUGGCGAUAAACGGGGAGGAGGAGGAGGGGGGAGGGGAGAAGGUACCGGCGGCGGUGGCGGCAGAGACUGAGGCCCCACAGGGGGGGGCGGCGGCGGCACCACAGGAGGCUGCAAGGGCGGCUGAGAUUGAGGGAGGGAAGACGGAGGAGAUAGGGAGGCCUGCGCCGGCUGAGAAGGAGGCCCCUGAGGCGGAGGAACCGGUGGGUGGGGGACCGGCGGCAGAGACGGCUGCUGAGCCGCAGGAGGUGGCUGAAUCUGCGGAGGAUGAGAGGUUAGCGGCGGCAGAGAAGGACUCAGCUGACACUGAGAGACCUGCAGCUGGGCCUGCAGCGUCUGAAGCGCUAGAAGAGAGGCCCACAUCGGCGAUGGUGGCGGCGGCAAGCAACUCGGGCCGGAAGACGCAGACGGCGCCACAAGCUCAGCCCUGGGCGGCGCCACCAAUGGAGAGGACAACAGUGCCGCCGGCGCAGACAAAGGCUGCUGCUGUGACGAAGAAGAAGCCAGCGACGGCAACGAUCGAGGCGGCAGGGGCUGCGUCGAUGGUUGCGAUUGAGGCGCCGGUGGCACCUGUGACCGUGGGGCCUGAACCAAGGAUCGCGCGGACUGUGGGGCAAGCAACGGAGAUGGCCGGGGAGGGCGGCGGUGGCGGAAGGAUUGACCCCGGGCCCUUAGAUGCGGAUGAGUCCGCCCGCUGGGAGACCGAUAAAUCGGCCCACGAGGCGCAGACGAACCGACGCGCGCCUGAGAAGAACCGCCGCCAGAAGCCGCGGCCGCAACAACAUCAGCGGCGGCUUGGAGAAGGGCUGGCACCCGCCCGACCUGGGCCCCUUGUGGGUUGGACGCAUCAGGCGGAUCCGCCCCAGGCAGUCGCCGAGGUGGAGGGCGGCGCUGACCAGUCAUCACCGCUGGAGAUCGCGGGAGAAGAGGCGGAGGCGCAGGAGGAGAGGGAGAGCGCCGCCGAAGAGGCAGAGGAGAGGAGGGCCGCGGCGAGACGCGGCCGCCACCAAGGGGGAACGAACCGGCAGCAGGCCCUGCGGGAGCAGGCCAACCGGAGAGCUGAAGGUCGACCGCCGGAAACCGUGACGCCUGGAGCGGCAGCGCGAGGAGUGCGAGGGAGGGGCCGAGGCAGGGGAGGAGGCCUGGGAAACUUGCUACUGCCUCACGAUUCCCCUGCUGCGGCUUUCCAAGAACCCGACCUGCCAAGGAGCCUGGCAAAUGUUGCUAUUCCUGCCCCGACUCACACUGAGAGCUAA